AUGAUGAGCAUCUAUUUGAGUCGAUUAAUCAUCCCUUGCAUCAUCCUUACACCGGUUCUCUUGUGUCUUUCUUUCUCUUUCGAUUUGUUGGGUUUUUCUAAGAUCCAAAGUCUUCUCUUACAGACUGGCCUUCGCGCUCUUUUUCGGCUUGUGGGUUGGGAGGUUCCCCUCAUGAUUAUUCUUUGUGUUCUUUCGGGCCUCGAAUCCGGGUAUACGUUGCACAUGAUGGAUCCAGCAGGAGGUCAGCCUGCUGCCAAUCCUGCAGCGGAGCAACCCUCAAACGUGCCUUCAGGCGCAUCGACCUCGGGCUGGAGAAGUUUCGAAGAAGGUGUUUUGUUAGAAUCUGAAAACGAAUCCAGCGAAGCGAGCGUGAAUCAGCAGCCUGUGAUUCCCGAACUUGAACCUCCGCUUCUCGAUGACAACACCCGGCGAGCAGAGCUCGCUGUUCGAUUGAGGGCGAAUUGGUGGGGGAUCGCUUAUAACGAGCGAAUCCUCGACUCCUUCGUCCGGAGUCAACUUGCAAUCGAAAGGCACAUAGAGGCCGCACUUGUGGCGGACGGAUAUUCCCCGCAAGUAGUCUUUGAAAGAAGACAUAUGAUUCGUGGCUUUCUUUUCUAUCCGGAGGGGCAUGCGCUGAGUGAAAACGCUUACGCGGGUUAUCUGACCAAAAUUGCCAAUUUUGGUACAAGGCAAAGCGUUCCCUAUCAGCGGGUGAUCCGAGCCGUCCAUAACUCUCAUCUCUUUUUAGAUUAG